GGCCAUUUGCUUUCAUGCUCGCAUUUUGAGUUGGUGCGUUUUUAUUGGCUUGCGUGUGGGGGGUAACUUUUUGUAUGACAAUGGAGUUUUUUUAUUUUUGCUUCAACCCUAUUUUGGGUAGACUCUUUCAAAUUAUAUGAAUAAUUCGAGUUACAACAGAUGCGAAAUUGUUCCUCUGGAAUUUAUAGCUAAAUAUUUUGCAAUAUUUAUGUAAUAAAGAACUGAUAAAAGAUGAUAUUAACCUCAGGAUUGAUUGUUGCCUCCGUUCUUUUGGUUCUUAAAGUAAAUUCUGAAGAUGUGCUAAUAAUAGGGCCGACGAAUAAUUCUUCAAUGCUGGAUGCCUAUUAUGCAGAAGAAUUGCCUUUGUGUCCACCGUCACUGGAAAUCUUACCUUGCACUUGUGAUGGACCUCAAAGUUUUCUUAUAUUUCAUUGCGACAGAAUAACAGAAGUACAAAGUAUUUCACGAGCUGCACACUCCAUUCCAUAUUUUAGAAGUUUUGGUAAAUUUAGUUUGACGAACUCUAGGAUUUCGAGCAUAGAAUCCAACAUUUUAGGUUAUAUUCAGUUUGAGUAUAUCUUCCUAAGGAAAAACACAAUCACUACAAUUACUUCCGAAUUUUUUGAUUCUUCAAGAAAUUCAUUGAAGAGGAUAGAAAUAAUUCAUAAUGAUAUUGAGAAAUUUCCUUUUAAAGAAUUAUCAUCAUUUCCGAAAUUGGAGUAUGUUAACUUAAAAUAUAAUUCCAUCAAAAGCAUUCCAGACGAAGCUUUUGGAAAUAUUGUAAAUAAUAAAAUUAAGAAAAUUGAUUUAUCUUUUAACAAAAUAAAUCACAUUGGAUCAAAUGCUUUCAAAUAUCUGACGAAAUUAGAGAAAAUCGAUCUGCGGUAUAAUAAACUGACAGUAAUUAAUAACUUCGCAUUUUCCACUAUUCAAGAAAAUCCUAAAUUGACAUUAAAUCUCGCAAAUAACAAAAUAAUGUUUGUGUCUGAUGGUGCUUUUGCUGGUCAAGUUUUUAAAUGCUUGAAUCUCACCGAUAAUAACCUCACUAAGUUAUCAGAGCAAGCUUUUAAAGAAGUUUUAAAAAGAAUGGCAGAAAGAAGAACUGGAGUUAUAUAUGUUAAUCGUAACCGGUUUCAUUGCACAUGUGACCGAGUAGAAUGGAUUAUUAGACUUCCUACGCUAUACAAAUUACCUCUACUUGAUUUUGAAUGUUCGGACAAAGGAAACAAACCUAUUCAAGAUCUUUCUCUUGAAGAUGUCCAAUGCCAUACCAAAUAAUAUGCUGAAAUGGUGAUUAGUUUUCACAUUUAAAAGUAUAGAAAAAGCGGGGCGUUUCUAGAACUUUUUGCAGUUCACUCUAUACUGCAUAUUAGAAUUUCCUCUGCUUCAUUGUUUAAAACUGAAAGCAAUAUCUUUCUUCUGUGAUUAUGGUAAUAGUUUUAAAUACUUACUUUCGAUUUUGACGAAUAAAUUUCUCCGAAUAUUGUCUCAAUGUUGAUAUUAUUGGCAAUAAUGAAUACAAAGAAAAGUAAACUAUCAUCUUCUUAUUGAUGUGCUGUUUUAGUUGCCCAAAAGCAACUCUGAUAAAGUAAUCGGUGUGCCUGAGAAAAUUUAUAUGAGUCUUCUAAUUACUAAAUUUUACACGAUUAUCAUGGCAAAGAAGGAAUUAUCUGGUGUUAUCUAGCGUUGGAGUUCAGCUGCCAUAAAAAUCUAACUUUGGGUCACGAAAUCCUGUGUUCAAUCAGCAGCAGUUAUCAAGGUCUUUGCAACGACAUUCAACUAAAACCUUGGAGGGGCAGAGGCAUUUUCUAAACUUGUAUCACUUGUUCAGAACAAGAAUAUUGACUGGCAUAAAUAUAAAAGCAAUUUAUCAAUG